AACACAAGUAUAUUAGUGGGGGGAUCUCAGGGACAUUUCCAGACUGCCAAUACAAAAUGGAGACUACAGGUGGAAGAACGUCCAUUUUCCUGCUGCUUCUGAUGAAAGCGACCCUGUCCUCCGGGGCGGCGGAGGUCAAGCCGUCCUCCAACCCUGUCCUCGUGGGCCAGACGCUGGUGCUUGCGGUGUCCCCGGCCACCGUGGUCACCAGCGGGAGUUGGUCCCUGGGCACCGCGGUCAUCCUCAACUGGCUGGGCUCUCAGGCCGCUGUGUUCCCCAGCUACACCGGCAGAGCCUCGGUGGACACGGCCACCAACACCCUGACACUCCGCUCCGUCACGCUGGCCGACGCGGGUGUCUACACCGUGAAGAGCACCGACUCGGCGCUGACCGCUAGCAUCACCAUCACUGUACUGGAGGCCAUCUCCAAUGUUGAACUGAAGACCAAUGAUACUGUUUUCGUGGAGUUCCGAGACUCUGCAGUUUUCACCUGCUCGGCCAAGGGCUCCUCCCCCUCCUUCCUCUGGAUGAACGGCAGCUCGAUGGUCACCGUGGGCAACUGGGUACAGAUCGGCGCCGGAGGCUCCACCCUGACCAUCCUCAACAUGACCCGCUACGAUCAGGGGCCGCUCACGUGCAAUGUGUCCAACUCCGUCAGCAGUGAAAUCAGCCAAUCGCUGAACCUCACUAUCUACUAUGGUCCGGACCACAUGGAGCUAAGAUGCAAUGGGCAGAACAUCAGCGACUUUCUCUUGGGAAGUGACCUGAACGUGUCCUGCUCAGCACAGUCUAACCCCCACGCCCAGCUCAAGUGGGCCUUCCAGGGAGACCGCCUUACUACCACCGGCCCAGAAUUGAAGCUCCACAGCGUCAGUGAGAAGGACAGCGGGCUGUACUCCUGUCUGGCCUACAACAACGUCACCCAAUUGUACAGCAACAUCACCAAGUCCAUCAACAUAGCAUCAGGAUCAGAGCAGCGUGGAGUGACUGUGUGGCUCCUGCCCUUCCUGUCUAUGUCUGCCUUCCUAUCAACGUUUUCAGGGCCAAAUCAAGUCGGACUUAGAGUCAUUUUGCUGGAAGAGAAGCGUUACAACUUUAGCAGGACUAACAUGGAGUAUCCAAAGGCAACGUUCCUGACUAUCAUACUGCUCACAAUUGCAGCAGAUCCAGCCUGUGGCAAGUCGAUCAUUGCUUCUCGGAACCCUUUACCUGUUGGUAGCGAUGUGACAUUGAGCCUAUCCAACCAAACCACAAUCAUUGUUGGGACCUGGCUCUUUGAAUCAAUUCCCAUUUUGAUCAUGUAUGAUGGUGGAAGUUUCAUAUUUCCUCCUUGGCAAGAAAGGAUAACAUUCAACCGGACCUCAGCAGAGCUGUCCAUCAAGUCUCUACAAAUGUCCGACUCGGGAAUAUAUAAACUAACAGGAGGGGAGCCAUCUUUUGAAGUAGAGAUCGCAUUGUCUGUCCAAGAGCUCAUUUCAAACGUUACCCUGAGCGCCAACGCAGCCCAUUUGGUCGAGUUCAAUAACUCGGCAGUCUUCACCUGCUCGGUCUCCAACGGCUCCUCCCUGUCUUAUGUCUGGACCAACAACGGCUCUGUGGUCCCGCAGGAUGCUGACGGGGUUCUGUUUAGUGGCGGAGGCGCUGUUCUCACCAUCGCCAAUGUGACCCGAUACGACCGGGGACCCUUCAUGUGCACGGUGUUCAAUGGCGUGAGCCGUGAAUCGAGUGCCCUCAUCCUGUUGCACAUCAGCUACGGUCCGAGUAACCCAAAGAUGGUCCCCAGGCCAAUGAUGGUCGCUUACAAGACGGGCUCCAACAUCACGCUGUCCUGUCACGCUGAGUCCAGCCCCCCGGCGACUGUCCACUGGUUCUAUAAUGACAUGGACCUUAGCUUGUCUGGCCCACAGAUUCACCUUAUUCACACCAAGGAAAACCAAACAGGAUAUUACAUGUGUCUUCUUUACAACCCUGUGACAUGCAGGUACAACAGCGUCAAGACAAUGGUCCGAAUUUUGGACCCUAUUUACCAUGUUUCCGUUAGUCGUACGGGGGGGCCCGUGAUCCUGGGCCAGUCGGUCACUUUGAGCUGUGACGUGAGUGGGAGUGUAGAUUCCAUAUCAUGGUGGAAGAACGGCACCGCCAUGAUGACGCAUAACAUGACAUCGCUGAGAAACCGAAGUCUGACCCUUGACCCAGUCACUAAACCAGAUGCUGUGGACUAUAAUUGUCAGGCAUUCAAUUUCGUGAGCAACAUGAAAAGUAGUCCUUACAGGCUCAUUGUUAACUAUGGCCCUGAGGCGGUUGCUAUCCGGGGGCCGUCCGUAGGUCUGGCAGGAGAUCAGGUGACCUUCGACUGCUCAUCGUCUUCCGAGCCCCCGAGCCAAUACAGCUGGUACUUCAAUGGCUCUCUGGUGGCCAACGCCUCCCAGUACGUCACCAAGAAUCUGACCACAGCAAUGAGCGGGAAAUACAUCUGCAUGGCCUUCAACAAUAUCACCGGCUGCAACUCAACGGCCUACACCAUGCUCACCGUUUACGAUCCUAUAACAGACGUCCAAAUCAAGGGAAACUCGACCUCCGCUAUGCAAGGGCUCGCGUUCACGCUGACAUGUGACGCCACGGGGGUGGUGGAACAUGUUCACUGGAUGAAGGACGGAGAGGCCUUGAACGCGGGCAACACCACCACCAUGUACAAUCACAUGCUCAACUUCCAUCCAGUCCAACAACAGGACAACGGGAACUACCAAUGUUCAGCAACCAACGCUGUGAGCAACAUGACCAGCCCCGAAUACAGACUCCAUGUAAUUUUUGGACCAUAUACUCCCAUCAUUACGGGGCCUGGUGUAGCUGAGACAGGAGAUAAUGUGGUCUUCAAGUGCAUGGCCUCCUCCUACCCUCCAAGCUACUACCACUGGUACUACAGAGGAGACCUUGUAGGGAAUGAUUCCAUUCUUGAAACUGGUCCUCUAAACAUGAGUGGAGCAUACACCUGCCUGGCCCUGAACAAUGUCACUGGGAAAAACAGCACAAGUUUCACGAAGCUUAGGGUCAUCGAGCGUAUUGAGCAUGUGGCGAUCAAGGAGGACUCGCUUCCCGUUCAGUCACACAACUUCACUCUGAGCUGCGCAGUGGUCGGGCCCUAUGAUUCCAUAUCUUGGACCAAGGAUGGAGUUCCACUCGACGGCACUAACUCAUCGAACAGAAAAUCGCACAUGUCGAUGAUGAACAACUCCCUCCAUUUCAGUCCCGUGACGACCUAUGACAACGGUUCCUACUGGUGCGUCGCCGAAAACGUUGUUCGCAACCAUAGCAGCCCUGAACACCAGCUGCUGGUGAACUUUGGACCAUAUACUCCCACCAUUACGGGACCUGGUGUAGCUGAGACAGGAGAUAAUGUGGUCUUCAAGUGUAUGGCCUCCUCCUACCCUCCAAGCUACUACCACUGGUACUACAGAGGAGACCUUGUAGGGAAUGAUUCCAUUCUUGAAACUGGUCCUCUAAGUUUAAACAUGAGUGGAGCAUACACCUGCCUGGCCCUGAACAAUGUCACUGGGAAAAACAGCACAAGUUUCACGAAGCUUACGGUCAUCGAGCGUAUUGAGCAUGUGGCGAUCAAGGAGGACUCGCUUCCCAUUCAGUCACACAACUUCACUCUGAGCUGCGCAGUGGUCGGGCUCUAUGAUUCCAUAUCUUGGACCAAGGAUGGAGUUCCACUCGACGGCACUAACUCAUCGAACAGAAAAUCGCACAUGUCGAUGAUGAACAACUCCCUCCAUUUCAGUCCCGUGACGACCUAUGACAACGGUUUCUACCGGUGUGUCGCCGAAAACGUUUUUCGCAACCAUAGCAGCCCUGAACACCAGCUGCUGGUGAACUAUGGACCGUGGAACGUGAGCAUCAGUGGCCCGGAUGUCAUAAACCUAGGCUCCGAUAUAAAGGUUGCGGUUUUAACAUGCUCUGCGGACUCCAGACCAACUAGUCAAUACCAGUGGUUCAUCGACUCUGUUCCAGCGGCCGAAGGGAGUGGCCCAGUACUUUUUGUAUUGGUCAUAACACCAAAAGUUAUCAACUACAAGUGCAAAGCUUAUAAUAAUGUGACUGAGAUCUCCAUGUUCCAGAAUAAAACACUUACCAUCAAUGACGCUCCUGGCCAUUCAUUGGCCUCUCCUGGCGUGUUGCUGUUUAUGAUCCUUGCAGCACUGUCUGUUCCCAUGCUUGGCAACUGAGGGGCCUUCACUGUGAGCAGGUAUACGAGUCCUCUUGCUCCCUCUACUGCCAUCCCAAAUGUACAAAAGAAUGGCUUGGGUUGGAAAACAGCAAUUUCUCUCUUUCUUUCCCCUCUACUUACUGUUCCUAAGAGAGUAGGUGUUAAUAGUAAAACAAGUCAGUUAUUGCAGUUUAGAAAUCAAAUGAUGCGUUCGUUGUUUCUCAGGGACUGUAAUCUUUGCCAAUAAUUGAAGGUGAUCAUGAGCUCUAUUUCUUCAAUAUAAAGUCCUAUAAAAAAUAUCUGUGAAAUUAAAAGUUGGUACAUUCUUGGGUUAUAAGAUAUGUCAUUAUUUAAAUUAUUUUAAAUAUGUUUGAUUAUUUUUCAAUAAUUUGAUUAAGGGCAGAACAUGUAUUCUGCCAUAUAUUGACAUAGUAUUUGUAACUUAUUUGUAAAAGUAUUAAUCGGAAAUAUAUUACGGGUAUUUUGUGAUCUAUGUAUUGAGUGUUUAUUAUAGUUUAAUUAAUCCAAUUAAACAAACGCGUCUCAACUUUGAUCUCCCUUUGUUGUAUAUCGGGUAUCGGGGUGAUUUUUUUUUCUUUUGUUAUGUUAGUGCAACAUUAUAUUCCAAUCUCCAAUAAAUUGUUACAAAUAUU